CAUUCGCAGAAUAUACAAUUUUAUUAUUAUUAUUAUUUUAUUUUUCAAUCCACGGGGGUGAUAUUCCAAUCCGAUCCAAUUUGCAAGAGGCCGAGUGAUAUUCCACCAUGGCGCCGUCUUCCUCCGUCGGAAACGCAACCCGCCGCGCAGCCCUCCACCGCUCCUCCUCCGCCAUCCACACUCCUCCUCCUCCUCCUCCUCCUCCUGCCCCUUUCCAAUUCAAUCCUCAAAACUCUCUUUUUCGUAGUCCGCUCAAGCCUCCCCUCCCGCUCGACGCCCUAGAUCGAUCCUUCGAAAAGAACCUUCCUUUGCCCCAGACUCCGCUCCAUGGCGGCAAGCUACCCUCCAAGACCCUCUGCACCAUGAUUCACAUCUGCGUUCGCAGCCGUCGCUUCUCCGACGCCCAGUCCCUUCUCCUCCGGCUUGUCCGCCGCAAGGGGGCAUCCCGGGCAGAGGUCGUCGACGCACUAGUUUCCACCGCCAACGACUCCGCUCGCCCCCGAUCCCCCGUCUUCGAUCUAUUGAUCCGCACCUACGUCCAGGCGAGGAAGCCGAGGGAAGCUGCGGAGGCGUUCCAGGAGCUAAAGGCUAGAGGUCUCGCCGUUUCGAUCGACGCCUGCAAUAGCCUGCUUUCCGGAUCGGUCCGGAUGGAUUGGAUCGACCGAGCAAGGGAAAUAUACAGCGACAUGGUCGACAUGGGGGUGAGUCCCAACAUCUAUACCUUAAACAUCAUGGUGAACGUCUUCUGCAAGGAUCGUAGGUUCGACGGGGCGGAAUCUUUCAUCUCCGAAAUGUCAAAAAGAGGAAUUUUUCCCGAUCUUGUGACGUAUAAUACUCUGAUUGAUGCCCACAGCCGCGCGGGGCAUCUGAAAGAGGCGCUGCAGUUGCUGAGUUCCAUGGCCUAUAAGGGAUUGAAGCCAGAUGUUUCAACUUACAAUGCUUUGAUGAAUGGUUUCUGCAAAAACAUGCAGCACGAGAAAACCAAAGAAUUGCUGGAUGAAAUGCUGGGCCGUGGCUUGGUGCCCAACGUUUCUACUUUCAACAUUUUGCUCGGCGGGUUCUGUAAGCUCGGCGACGCCGGCGAGGCCUUGAGGAUUUUUAACAGGAUGACCAGCAGCGGCCUUGUUCCUGAUAUAGUCAGCUUUAGCUCUAUGAUAAAUUUGUUUGCAAAGAAAGGCGAUAUGAAUCGAGCAUUAGCAUAUCUCCGAGAAAUGAAGGCCAUCGGUUUAGUUCCUGAUAAUGUGAUCUACACCAUGGUCAUCCGUGGAUUUUGCCGACUUGGAUCGACCUCUGAAGCUCUUAAGAUUCGUGAUGAGAUGGUAGAGAAUGGUUGUCUGCCGGACGUCGUCACCUAUAACACAAUCUUGAAUGGGAUGUGCAAGGAACGGCGGCUGCUAGAUGCAUAUCAGCUUUUUCUUGAGAUGGUAGAACGAGGAACAGCCCCUGACUUCUGCACAUUUACGACUCUCAUCGAUGGAUAUUGCAAGGAUGGCGAGGUCGAGAAAGCUUUGAGGUUGUUCGACAGAAUGCUCGACAACAAUUUGAAGCCUGACAUUGUCACCUAUAAUAGUUUGAUUGCCGGUUGCUGCAAAGAAGGAAACAUGGAUAAGGUAACCGAGUUGUGGGCUGACAUGCUCGCCGGAGAAAUUCUGCCCAACUGCUUUACCUACGGCAUUUUGAUAGACUACUACUGCAGUUUCGGUCAAAUGGAAGAAGCCUUCAAGUUUUGGGAUGAAAUGGUGGAACAUGGAAUCGCGCCUAAUCUUGUGACAUACAAUUCAAUUGUUAAAGGGCACUGUCGAGCUGGUGAUACUCCAAAAGCUGAAAAAGUGAUGAAGAAGAUGAUUAGAAAUGGCGUCUUCCCCGAUCGAAUAACUUACAAUACACUGAUUUGUCAGUUUGUUAAGGAAGAGAAGAUGCUUGAAGCUUUUGAAUUGAUCAAUAAGAUGGAAAACAAAGGGGUAAUGCCAGAUGUUAUCACAUACAAUAUGGUGAUUUUAGGGUUUUGUCAGCUAGGGAAGACGCGAGAGGCUAAUUCCAUGUUCAAGAGAAUGAUUAAGAAAGGAGUCCAACCUGAUAAAUCCACCUAUACAACCUUGAUGAAUGGUCAUGUUUCCGUUGACAAUGUGAAAGAGGCAUUUUGCCUUCAUGAUGAAAUGAUACAGAGAGGUUUAGUGCCGGAUGAUAAAUUUUAGCUCAUAGUUUGGUGCCAUUGCUUCAAACUGCUGGUGUUUGUGGAGAGCUUAAGGGACCUAUGGGAAAUCGAACUUCCUGACUUAAAAAGUUUGAUCACUCAAAGGAUAAGGCAAGUUCUCCAACUUCUACUUUGCAGGCCUAGUUCCCAAUUUUUUUUUCUCAGAGAUGCCAUAUUCCACCUGUCUAUUCUUUUGAGAAAGAGACUGGGAAAAGGGAUAGAGAUAACGAAUCUGUCUCAUUAAUUUGGAUGCCUUCAAGAUGAGGAUGGUUUUUUUUUUCUUUUCUAGAUAAAUAAAUUCUUUAUGAAAGAUUCUGAUUGAAAGAGGAGAGGAGCAUAUGAUCGUCAAUUACAGACAAUUCAACCAAGGCAGAAAAAUCUUUGAAUAAAUCCAUGGAAAUAAAUAUUCGAUUGUUACUGCUAAUAAAAAAAAAAUCGAUUUUUUGAGCCGAGUAAGACAAUUGAAUAAGGCACGUUGAGUAGAAAGUCGUUUACAACGCAUUCGAAUGUCUUCUUCUAGGGUUUCCAGAAACUACAAGCAAUUGAAACAAAGCUCGCAAAUCUCAUCGUCUGAUCUAUGGCAAUAAACAUUCGAUUACUGCUGAUGAAAAUUAGAAAUCGGUUGUCGGAGCAGAGUUAAGAACACGGAAUGGGGUACAUGUGAGUUGCGAGAUGAUCAGCAAACCCUACAGGAAGAAGGAUGGAUCGGAUCGGAUCAGCUGGUGUAGAUGUGGGGGUGGAGGGCGACGAUGAUGAUGGAGUAGAUGCCGAAGAAGAUGAGGGUGUGGAGGGCGACGGCCUUGCCGUUGGUCCGCAUGCUUCCGAACUCCACCGGACGGUAGGUGCCGGGGGCCUCGAGGAUGAGUCCUGGCGAGAGAAGCACGAAGAGCACCACGCCGACGACCACCGGAGCCCAGUCUGCCAUGGAUCCCUCUCCCCUCUACUGCGACGCGAUCGCCGG